GCCAUCAACAACCCUUCUUCCAUGCGCCUCCCACUCCUCUAACCGAAGAUGUCCCUCUUCGCCUUCUCCACCCCUCUCGACAUCGACAUUAUCCUCGACUCCACCGACGACCGCCCCACCAUCGACGUCGCCUUCCCCAAAAGCCCUCCCUCCACCACCGGCACCAACACCACCGCUGCCGCCGUCCGCCGCGAGAAAUGUCCGCUCUAUCUCGACGGUGAAACGGUGCGCGGCAACGUCACCAUCCGCCCCAAAGAUGGACGUCGCCUCGAGCACACGGGGAUCAAGAUCCAGUUCGUGGGGACGAUUGAGAUGUUCUUCGAUCGCGGCACGCACCACGAGUUUCUGAGCUUGCAGACGGAGCUGGCGAGUCCAGGUGAGCUGCAACAUCCCGUCACGCUGCCAUUCGCGUUCAAGAAUGUGGAGAAGCCGUAUGAAAGCUACAAUGGAAUCAAUGUGAAGCUGCGGUAUUUCUUGCGAGUGACGGUGAGCAGGCGGAUGGCCGACGUGGUGCGCGAGAAGGAUCUGUGGGUGUAUAGCUACAGACAACCGCCGGAAAGCAACAGCGUUAUUAAGAUGGAUGUCGGUAUCGAGGAUUGCCUGCACAUUGAGUUCGAGUACAGCAAGAGCAAGUACCACCUCAAGGAUGUCAUUGUGGGGAGGAUAUACUUCCUGUUAGUGCGACUGAAGAUACGGCACAUGGAGCUCAGCAUCAUCCGCCGCGAGACCACCGGCGUACCUCCCAACCAAUACAACGAAAGCGAAACACUCGUGCGCUUCGAGAUCAUGGACGGCUCGCCGAGUCGCGGAGAAACAAUACCUAUCCGUCUUUUCCUCGGUGGCUUCGACUUGACGCCUACGUUCAGAGAUGUCAACAAGAAGUACAGCACGCGCUACUACCUCAGCCUCGUCUUGAUCGAUGAGGAUGCGAGAAGGUACUUCAAGCAGAGCGAGAUUGUCCUCUACCGACUCGCACCCGAGGGUAACGAGUUGGCCAUGCGGCAGGCGAAGGAGAUCCAGGCCAGCUAGGGACGCGUUAAUGAGAUACGAGGGCGUAAUGGUGUCAAUGGUGUCAUCGGGAACGGCAUCGAGUACGAGGAAUCGGACGAAGAGGGGGCCGUACGGCCCGCCGGGAUCCAUCGUCCCAAUGCUGAUGGAGCAUACGGUUGGGACGAGUAUCCCUCUAUCGGUACGGGUAAUGCUAUCCACGCCGAGUCGGGUGAGUCGGCCGAAAGCCUCCACAGCAGCACCAACGGUUCGGGCUCUUACCGACAGAGUGGCGUGCAGUCCGAGGCGCCGCGCGAAAAAGGCGACUGGGAAGAUCUGUUCCGCGACUGUGCAAAGAAGCAACUGCUGGCCCCAC